AUGAACCGAGUAUCGAAUGUUCGUCUUGGUACGAUACUGUUGCAUGUCCUGAUUGGUCUGUUCUUGUGGCGGCAGAUUGGUCUGACGCCUUCCCAACAGAAGAAUCCUGAUCCACAAGACGAAAAAGUUCGGAACAACCACAAUAGAAAUGACAAACAGAAGAAGACGAGCAACAGACAGUUUGCCUACGCAUCUCUGAUUGGCGGUGUGGAUCCGUCAAAUCCGUCGUACCGUGGAUUCUUGUACAAUGUGAUGCUCCAAGCCACACUGUUGCGUGAGCAUUAUGGUUCCACCAAGGCAGAUUUUGUGCUGUUGAUCCAAAUGUCGUACAACACUCCCGCCACCACGUUACCCGCUACCGACUUGGAGUGGUUGCGCGCCAGUCACAUUGACCAUGUCGAGUACAUUCCCAAAUCGCCGCAUCAAGGCUUUUACGACAUUAAUAUGCAAAAGUUUCGCGUCUUGCAAUGGGUUCAGUAUCAACGGGUCCUCUUUCUCGAUGCCGAUGUCAUGCCGCUGGCCAAUCUCGAGUAUCUCUUUGACAUGAUGACACCCCAACACAACGUGUCACUACAGCCAUUACUAAAGGAAAAUCUGAUUGUAGCGGGGACCCAAGAACCCGGUUCAGGAGGAUUCUUUGUCCUUUCACCGGGACCUCACAAGUGGCAGCAACUCCAAGAUGUGAUUUCCCAACGGGAACGGGACGCUCAACACGCCACGACGCCC